GGCGCCGCGGCGGGGGCGGAUGCGCGGGCGGGCGGCGGGGCCGCUGUGCCGGGGGCUCCGCGGGAGAGGCCGCCAGUACCCCAAGUCUGACCAUCAAAUAUGAUUCUUUGCCUGCUACACGAAACUCCUUAAGUACUUCUUUUGCCAUUUGGCCACAUGGCUUCAACUACAAUGCAACAAGCUUUAGAACUGGCAUUGGAUCGUGCUGAGUAUAUCAUUGAAAGUGCCCGUCAGAGACCUCCCAAAAGAAAAUAUUUAUCAAGUGGAAGAAAAUCUGUAUUUCAAAAACUUUAUGAUUUAUAUAUUGAAGAAUGUGAAAAAGAGCCUGAGAUAAAGCAGAAGCUGAGACGAAAUGUGAACUUACUUGAGAAGCUGGUUAUGCAGGAGACGUUGUCAUGUCUGGUGGUAAACCUCUAUCCAGGAAAUGAGGGUUAUUCACUGAUGCUCAGGGGAAAAAAUGGUUCAGACUCUGAGACCAUUCGUCUGCCUUAUGAAGAAGGAGAGCUGCUUGAAUAUUUGGAUGCAGAGGAGCUACCACCUAUUUUGGUUGAUCUUUUAGAAAAAUCUCAGGUUAAUAUUUUCCAUUGUGGAUGUGUCAUAGCAGAAAUACGUGACUAUAGGCAGUCUGGUAACAUGAAAUCCCCAACGUACCAAAGCAAGCACAUUCUUUUGCGACCUACAAUGCAGACUUUAAUUUGUGAUGUGCAUUCUAUAACAAGUGACAACCACAAAUGGACACAGGAGGACAAACUCCUACUUGAGAGCCAACUUAUUUUGGCUACAGCAGAGCCUUUGUGUCUUGAUCCUUCAAUAGCAGUGACCUGUACUACAAACAGACUCCUGUACAACAAGCAGAAGAUGAACACUCGCCCCAUGAAACGGUGCUUCAAAAGGUACUCAAGGUCCUCUCUGAACAGACAGCAAGAAGUAGCUCAUUACUCAACUCCACCUCAGCUCAGACUACUUGACUACUUACAGAAAAGGAAGGAGAGGAAAGCAGCCCAGCAGUAUGACCUCAAAAUUUCAAAAGCUGGAAAUUGCGUAGAUAUGUGGAAACAGAACCCUUGCUACUUGACUGCUCCUUCUGAAGUAGAUGUGGAAAAAUAUGCCAAAGUGGAGAAGUCUAUCAAGUCUGAUGACUCACAACCAACUGUCUGGCCAGCACACGAAAUGAAGGAUGAUUAUGUGUUUGAAUGUGAAGUUGGUAAUCAGGUUCAAAAAACAAAACUGACCAUUUUUCAGUCUCUUGGCAAUCCCUUGUACUAUGGUAAAAUUCAGACGCUCAAAGGUGAUGAGGAAAAUGACAACCUCUUAACUCCAUCACAGUUCCUUAUUGGUUCGAAGACUGAUGCUGAAAGGGUGGUGAACCAGUACCAGGAGUUAGUGCAAAAUGAAGCUAAAUGUACUGUGAAAAUGUUUCAUAAUUCAAGUGGAUCAGUCAGUCAUCUUUCUCCAGGGAAGGAAAUGGAACAGCCAGAAAGUGUAUCAGGCUCUGUUCAGUCUUCAGUACUGGGGAAAGGUGUAAAACACCGACCUCCUCCUAUCAAAUUGCCUUCAAGUUCAGGAAGUAGCUCUUCAGGUAAUAUUUUUAGUUCACAACAGUCAAGUGGCCAUCUUAAAUCCCCAACUCCACCUCCUCCUUCUAAGCCUCCUGGUCUUUCUCGGAAACAAUCUAUGGAUCUUAAUCAAGUUAGCAUGCUCUCUCCAGCUGCCAUGUCUCCUGCGAGCUCUUCACAAAGGUCUGGAACUCCUAAACCAUCUACUCCUACUCCAACCAACACCCCUUCAUCGACCCCACACCCUCCUGAUGCUCAGAGCUCAACUCCUAUUACCCUUCCUGCCACCCCUACUCCCAAAGAUUCAGGCUUCACCCCUCAGCCCACUUUGUUAACCCCGUUUGCUCAGCAGCAAAUGUCUCUGAGCCAGGCACUGCCUGUAAUGACCAUUCCUCUUUCCACCAUGGUAACAUCCAUUACUACAGGAACAACCUCCACCCAGGUCAUGGCAAACCCUGCAGGACUUAACUUCAUCAAUGUAGUGGGCUCUGUGUGUGGAGCACAGUCACUGAUGAGUGGUUCAAACCCUAUGUUGGGGUGCAACACUGGUGCCAUAGCCCCUGCAGGUAUAAAUCUGAGUGGCAUUUUACCCCCAGGAGGUCUGGUACCAAGUGCGCUGCCCGCUGCAAUGCAGUCUGCCUCCCAAGCAGUUGCCAUUAGAGGAUACUGAGGAGAGUGUUUGAGAUGAGGCAAAAGUGUGAAAUGAAACAUCCCUUGUCUACAACUGUACCUCUUCUGGCAAUCUACAGCUUUGAGACUUUCUCAACUGAAGAAUAUCCACAUGGAUCUUUGUGCUUAGUAUCCUGUGCUAGAUUUCUAGUCUGUGGAUUUAUCUAAUUGGUUUUUGAACCCGUGUAUGUUUUUGGAAUCUCUACAGCAUCUUGUGACAGUGAAUUUUAUAAAUGUAAACUGUGUGAAGAGGUUCUUUUCUUUUGUGUGCUCUUGUAGUUUGUGGUAUGGAUGAUAUGGAUAUGUUUGUAACUUCUCGUGUCCUUUCUUGCUGUAUAGACACAAAGAUAGUUACAAUUUUGUACUUGGUCAUUUGUCUUUCUUUAAAUCAGUGUUACUGAGUUUUGGACCAUUUCUUCAGUUCAUGAGGAUUGCUCUUAGUCUACUUCUGUCCUUUCAAACACUAUCAACCUCUACCCCUUAGGUGUCGCAGAUGUACAUGCUGUGCUGUCACCCACACAACAGAUGCAAGUAGUGAGCUGAGCUAGGUCUGUGUAAGAACUCCAGGGCUUCUGUUUGAUAGUUGCUGUCUUACUGGAGUGUUGCUCAGAUUUGGGGUGGGAUUGUUUUCUGUUUGGUAAGAGUGUAUUACUUCAUUGAGCCCUUAGACUCUUUUGGAUUUACUAUACAAACAGUCAAACUUAUUAAAGGCAGAAGAAGGAUCACUGAAAAAUAACUGCUGUGGUGUUCUCCACAAUCACCUUUGUGUAAAUGCACAAACGGGUUAUAGGUCACAGGGUAUAAUGUUAUGUAGUGAUACAGAUUUCUUUCCAUUUAGUCAGCUCUUGUGCACUUUGAGUCUGAAUAACUAUGAACUGCAUUAUGGAAAAUGCAGCAUUGUAUUAAGUUUACACUCAAUUUACACUUGCCAGUUUUCCAACUUCCAGAUGUUUAGAAAUAGUCCCAGUGGAAAGGUGUACUGCAAAACACAAAUAGAACUGAGUAAAGACUCACUACUAAUAAAAAGAUGUUUUCUU